UAUCGUCUCUAACGAGUUGCCAGGGUAGUUCGAAAACCCUGCUCGACAAAGGUCGGGCGUUGUUCUUCAGUUUCAGCAAAGCCACACAUCGUGAAUGAAUCGAAUGCUGUGAUUUUUGUGUAGUUCCAGUAAACCCAGUGCCAAUUUUAUAAACAUUUCGCCUUUGUGCAGUGAUUUUUAACUAACCGUUCCGUAAAAUCAGUCAAGCUGUGGGGCGCCGGCGCUUUUUUUCUUCCCCCCCAGGGGAUGUACUACCCGCACAUGGUCCAGACGGGUAUGACGGCUCCCUUCCCCGGAGCUGCGACAGCCACCCCGACUGGUUUCCCGACGCAAAACGGCGAAAUCAAACCGGGGGCGGAGGAGAAACCGGCCGUUUCCGCGCUCCUCCCGCCGCCGACCGGUGCCACGGCGCCGGGCGCAGGACCGCCUUUCAGUCCGCCUCCUCCGCAACCACCUCCGACAGCGGAACCACCAGUAAGCAUAGCGUGUAGUCCGGCGACUUUGGCGGCACAGUCGCAAAAUAAUUACAAGUGCGAACAGAUUUCCACGGUAAACGAUAACGAUAAUGGUUCUUCGGUUCCGCCUCCAACUUCAGAGUCUUCGGAUGGUACGACCAAUCAAUCGGCAGGUCAGGCAGCUACAGAUAUUUCGAAAAAUCAACCUAAAAGGCUACACGUUUCCAACAUUCCAUUCAGGUUUAGGGAUCCAGAUCUUAGAGCGAUGUUCGGGCAAUUUGGCCCAAUUUUAGAUGUAGAAAUAAUUUUCAACGAACGUGGAUCUAAGGGUUUCGGUUUUGUAACAUUCGCAAAUAGUGCUGAUGCGGAGCGCGCACGAGACCGUCUACAUGGCACCGUGGUUGAGGGAAGAAAAAUAGAGGUAAAUAACGCAACUGCUAGAGUACAAACCAAAAAACCUCCGACUUUACCUACAGUAAAUAAUACGCCGUAUUCUUUAGUACCAGUCAUACAAUGGUCGGACGCGACGUUACGCGCAGGCGUAGCCGCUCUUCAGCGCGGCAGAGCCCGCGCGGCGUAUCCCACAGCGGCGGCGGCGGCCGCGGCCGCUGCGGCUUUCGCCAGACACCCCACUCCAUUAACAGCCGGCUCUCUCCACGGAUACACUCCCGUUAUCAAUACUCUACCGGUAGAUGGCGGUGUUUACUACGAUCCAUUCCUAGCUGCCCAUGCUGCCGAUCCAAAUUAUACAAGACUGCAAGCGGCGGCAGCUGCGGCGGCGGCGACACCUUUACUCAAAACUCCCCUCUCGACCGCCCAACAAGCUAGUUACGCGGCGGCGGCGACGUAUACGGCGGUCGCGGCGAGAUACGGAGCGGCGGCCGCUGCUCAACCCGUCGCCGGAUACGCGGUCGCAGGAUACGGUAGAGAUUACGCGGAUCCUUAUUUGGGACACGGAAUCGGACCGAUGGCUGGAUAUGGGGCCGCUGUGUAUCGUAGUGGUUACAACCGUUUCACGCCCUACUAAACAUAUCAGCAGCUCCGUUGGGCCUACCACCCUAAAUACUCAAAAUAAACGUUAAUCGUCUUGUGUACGUAGCACAAUGCAGCACAAAAACAAAUAAA